UGGGGGUUCUUACUCAAAUUCGAAUGGAGAAGUCAUGGAGGGCCUCAGUACAUGCAUUGAGAGGAUGGUACCUGAUGUUGAGGAGAGAGACCUCAUUGUGAGUGAGCUCCAAAAUUAUGAGGGAGGAAGGGGUAAGCUAUUCUCUUCAGAGCUGGCUAGGAGAGGAAGAACCACUCAAACCCCAGAUGCUUGGUGGCAAAAUUGGGGUGGAAACACCCCACAUCUCAAAAAAUUUGCCCUCAGAGUCUUAUGUCAGCCUUGCAGUUCAUCCAAUUGUGAGCGCAAUUGGAGCUUGUUUGAAGCAAUCCACACGAAGAAGAGGAGCAAGUUAGCGCAGAAACGGCUCAAUGACCUUGUCUACGUGCAAUAUAAUCUUCGAUUGCGCGUAAAGAAGGUAGAGGAACUAGAAGGUGGUCCAAUUGACUUGGAUGAUAUAGAUCCUUACAGUGGUUGGACAUCACAGGAGCAGCCUCCAUUGUUUUCCGACACUGACAUCACUGAUUUGGAGAGGUAGGCUAUGGAGGAGGGGGGUGGAUUUGGUUUCAGGCUGGAUGACAUUGAGGAGGAUGAGGAUGAGGAUUCAUUGCCAGUGCCAGAGGCAGG